AUGGUUCUGGGGAUCUCCUUUUACAUUCCCAUCUGGGAGGAGCAUCCUAUUACUGUCCCUGUGGGCCGAGUUGAGACUGGUGUUCUCGAGUCUGGCCUGGUGGUCACAUUCGCUCCAGUCAACGUUACAGCUGAAGUGAAGUCUGUGGAAAGGCACCAUAAAGCUCUCAGCGAAGCUCUUCCUGGGGACAACGUGGGUUUCAACGUCAAGAACGUGUCUGUUAAAGACAUUCGUCGCGGCAGUGUGGCUGGUGACAGCAAAAAUGAUCCUCCAAUGGAAGCUGCAGGCUUCACAGCUCAGGCGGUUAUCCUGAACCAUCCCGGUCAGAUCAGUGCUGGUUAUGCACCUGUCCUGGAUUGCCACACCGCCCACAUUGCUUGCAAGUUUGCUGAGCUGAAAGAGAAGAUUGACCAUCGUUCUGGGAAAAAGCUGGAAGAUGGCCCCAAGUUCUUGAAAUCUGGUGACGCUGCCAUCGUUGAUAUGGUGCCUGGCAAGCCCAUGUGUGUUGAGAGUUUCUCUGACUACCCUCCUCUGGGUCGUUUUGCUGUUCGUGAUAUGAGGCAGACUGUUGCUGUGGGUGUCAUCAGAGCAGUGGACAAGAAGGCAGCUGGAGCUGGCAAGGUCACCAAGUCUGCCCAGAAGGCUCAGAAGGCUAAAUGAAUAUUAUCCCCAGUACCUGCCACCCCAGUCUUAAUCAGUGGUGGAAGAAUGGUCUCAGAACUGUUUGUCUCAAUUGGCCAUUUAAGUGUAAUAGUAAAAGACUGGUUAAUGAUAACAAUGCAUCGUGAAACCUUCCGAAGGAAAGGAAAAUGUUUUGUGGACCAUUUGUUUUGUGUGUG